AUGCAGCUUUUAGAGAAACAUCAAGGAAAAAUUGCAUUAACCACUGAUAUGUGGACCAGUAAACAAAAGAAGGGAUACAUGGUCAUUACAUCUCAUUUUAUCGAUGAUUCAUGGAUCCUACAAAGCCAAAUUAUCAGGUUUAUGUAUGUUCCAUGUCCACAUACAACUGAGGUCCUCUCGGAAGCAUUGAUGGAAUGUCUGUUGGAUUGGAAUAUUGAUGGUAAGAUAUCUACUAUUACUGUUGAUAAUUGCACCACUAAUGAUCUUAUGAUCAAAAAUACCUUGGAAAAUUUGUCAAGUAACUCAUUACUAUUGGGUGGAGAUUUGUUUCAUAUGCGUUGUUGUGCGCACAUACUAGCUCUCAUAGUCAAGCAAGGAUUAGAAGGGAUUAAAGGGGAAAUCGAGUUGAUUCGUAAUAGUGUUUCUUACUGGAAAGCAACACCAAAACGAGUUGAAAAAUUCGAAGAGGCUGCCCGUCAGUUAAAUAUUGCAUGUACAAAUAAGCUAGUCCUUGAUUGUGAGACUAGAUGGAACUCUACAUAUAUGAUGCUUAAUAUUGUUAUUAAGUAUCAAAGGGUCUUCACUCGCCUAAAGCAACGAGAGCCACAAUAUAAGUAUUUUCCCGGUGAAGAAGAUUGGUCGUUGGCAAGGGAGAUGUGUGAUAAAUUGAAGAUAUUUUAUAACUUCACGGAGAAGUUUUCUGGAGUAAAAUAUCCUACAACCAAUCUUUUUUUUCCAAGUAUUUGUGAGAUUAGAUUGUCAUUGAACGAGUGGAGUAAAUCUAAAUUUGAUGUGAUAAGAAAAAUGGCAUCAGGUAUGAUAGAAAAGUUUCAAGAGUAUUGGAUGGUGAUCAAUGGGAUGAUGGCAGUAGCAAUUAUGUUGGAUCCAAGGUUUAAGAUGAAAUUGAUUCAGUUUUACUUCCCGCAAAUUUAUGGUCCAUCUUUUGCAGACUUCGAAAUGACUCGAGUAAGCAAUUUAUGUUAUGAUUUGGCUAAAGAGUAUGAAUUGAAAGUAUUUGCUGAUAAAUCUAUUGGCCAAAGUGAUUUUUCAUCCACUUCUCGAUCAGAGAUGUAUGGUUUAGAUGAUGAUGUAGAUCCUUUGGAUAAAUUUGAUAUGUUUGUCUCUAAUAGCACUCAGACUAGUACUGUUAAGUCAGAGUUAACAUGUUAUUUGGAGGAAAGUCUUUUACCUAGGGCGAAUGAUUUUGACAUACUAGCAUGGUGGAAGACAAAUGGAAUCAAAUAUCCGGUCUUGCAGUGUAUGGCUAGAGACAUCUUAGCGAUUCCAGUGUCUAUAGUUGCUUCAGAAUCUGCUUUUAGCACGGGAGGUGAAUUAAAAUCAGAACGGGGAACUUUUUGGGAAGAUAAUGAAGAAGACCAUGAUGAGAUUAUUAACAUGGAGGAAGAUGGUUAA